AUGACCUACACGCUCUACGACGCCUCCGUCCCCCUCCUCACCGCGGGCCUCAACACCCUGCUCAACCUCCUCAACAAGGCCGAGGCCUACGCCGCCGAGAAGGGCAUCGACGUCAAGACGCUGCUCGAGGCCAAGCUGGCCGAGGACAUGUUCCCCUUCACCUUCCAGUACCACGUCGCCACCGACAGCGCGAUGAAGAUCAUCGCCCGCGUCCAGGGCACCGACCCCGAGGCCUUUGAGAACAAGUUCGACAGCGUCGCCGACCUGCGCGCCCGCGUCGAGCACACGCUCGCCCUCGUCAAGGCCGCCGACCCCAAGACGUUCGAGGCCCGCACCGACGCCCUCGUGCCCCUCGGCCUCGGCUUCGGCAAGGGCGAGAUGCAGAUCCCCGCCCGCGACUACCUCGUCGCCUACGGCAUGCCCAACUUCUUCUUCCACAUCCAGGCCGCCUACAGCAUCCUGCGCAAGGAGGGCGUCCCCCUCGGCAAGGCCGACUACCUCCAGCCCUUCAUGGGCCCUCUCGUCGAGAAGCACCUGAAGGCGCAGCAGUAA